UAAAACCACCAUCAGGGUCCUGACUGGAUUGUGGAGCUCGGUGACUUUUCCUUUACUGAGUCGGACAUAAACAAACGGAGUCAUGCUGCCAUUAAAGUUUUAACAACGCGAUUAAACCUGUGACUUGCAACCAUCCGAAGGAACUGACGGACUCCUGAGUGUAGAUACGAUGAACAGCGUGUCACCUGAGGUUGCUUUGCACCGGCUCUCACCUGAGCUGCGGCCUUUGCUGAGCAGCGUGGUGAGAAACGGCAGAGUGGGGCUGGACUCCACCAACUGUCUCCGGGUCACAGACCUCAAAACUGGAUGCACAUCUCUAACUCCGGGACCUUGCUGUGAUCGCUUCAAACUUCACAUUCCUUAUGCUGGAGAAACCCUGAAAUGGGACAUCAUCUUCAACGCUCAGUAUCCAGAACUUCCUCCCGAUUUUAUCUUUGGAGAAGAUGCAGAGUUUCUCCCUGAAGCCACCGAGCUACCGCACUUGGUCCACUGGGAUGCUGGGAACCCCGAGUGUUUGCUCCAGCUGGUGAAGGAGCUCAUCCAGCAGUACCAUCACUACCAGUGCCACCGUCUGCGUGAGAGCUCCAGGCUGCUGUUUGAGUACGACAGCCUGUUGGAAGAUUCCAGCUACGGACGAAACUUGGAGAUUUAUGCCGGGCGGAAGAACAGCUGGACGGGAGAGUUUUCCGCCCGCUUCCUUCUCAAACUGCCAGUGGACUUCAGCAACAUCCCCGUCUAUCUGCUGAAGGACACGGCGUUGGAUCCAGGAGAAGAUGUAGCUCUUCUCUCUGUGAGCUUUGAGGAUGCUGAAGCUACCCAGGUGUUUCCUAAGCUGUACCUCUCUCCCAGCAUUGAGCACGCUCUGGGAGGCUCUUCAGCGCUUCACAUCCCAGCGUUUCCCAGCGGAGGAUGCCUAAUUGAUUACGUUCCCCAAGUGUGUCAGUUGCUCACCAACAAGGUGCAGUAUGUGAUCCAAGGCUACCACAAGAGGAGAGAGUACAUCGCUGCUUUUCUCAGCCACUUUGGGAUGGGGGUGGUGGAAUACGACGCAGAGGGAUUCACAAAGCUCACUCUUCUACUCAUGUGGAAAGACUUUUGCUUCCUGGUGCAUGUGGAUCUCCCGCUGUACUUCCCCAGAGACCAGCCUACCCUCACCUUCCAGUCAGUUUACCACUUCACCAGCAGCGGCCAGCUGUAUGCUCAGGUGCAGACGUCGUAUCCCUACAGCCCGCGCUGGGACGGCAACGAGAUGGCCAAACGGGCGAAGGCGUACUUCAAGAGCUUCAUCCCUCAGUUCCAGGAAGCAGCCUUCGCCAAUGGGAAGCUCUGAUACACUUUCCUACCUGUCUUUAAAUCCUUGUGUGUGUGUGUGUGUGUGUGUGUGUGUGUGUGUGUGUGUGUGUGCGUGCGUGCGUGCGUGUGUGUGUGUGUGUGUGUGUUCUUGGACAUGAAAACGACACACACAUUUGUGGGGAAAGGUCACUUUUUUUGUCCAGGCAGGUUGAUUCAACCAAAGUUUAAAAAAGUCCAUUUUAGACCCAGAAAGGAGCUGAAAGCGCGACCCAGAUGGGUUGUAAACGUGUUCGUUCUCACAGUGAACAGCGUCUGAAUGAUGCUUAGACGGAUUACUGAGCUGAAUUCAGGAUCUUUGUUUAACUUUUACAUUGCUUUUGGUGUUAAAUGGUCUCUAACUUCCUGUUUCUCUGUUCUUACCUGUUAAAUUGUCUUACCUGACAUGCUAGGGUACCGUUUAGCUUUAGCUUUCAGUAAAAUGCGUUUUCCUGCCUUGUGUCACAGUUUUGUCUACAAGUGUCUCUUAGCAAGAGCUGUAUGUGUCAGUUAGAGUUGGUGACGAACCAUCUGAAUGUUUAUCUUUAAAAUAAUAAAGAUUUGGUCCAUUGGCCCCACA